AUGUUGAGUUCGCGCCUUUUGUGUCUGCUUUAUGUGGCUCUCCUUUGCCGAGCCGACGUGACUUCAGAUCAUGAUGCACGUCUGAAAACGGCUGUCAUCCUGGACACUCCAACAACUGGAGCCAGUACUACGCCAGACGGCCGCACAUUCCUCAAACUUGCUCAUGUUGAUGGUUCAACAGGCCCACAGGUAGUCGAAGUUGUCGGCAAGAACUAUACCCUGGUGCCGUAUCCCGACAAGACCUGGAACUCAUGGAAUGCUAGCGUCGACAGCGUCGCCGACUCAGAAAACAAAUUUGUGUCUGUGAAUGCACAGCGUGUGGGUCCUGAUGGCAAUCUGUGGGUUGUUGACACCGGAACUCUCGACAAAUUUCCCAACUCAGCCAAACUCAUUUCUUUUAAUCUGACAACCAACGAGGUUGAGCGUAUCUACUACCUGGGCAGUGUAACCACCACAGAAGGCUCUCUCAACGACGUGCGCUUCAAUGGCAAGUACGCUUACUUGACCGAGUAUACUAUUGGCUCCAUUAUCGUUCUUAAUCUCGAGACAGGCCAUGCACGCCAGCUGCUCCGAGGGCACAAAUCUGUGGUGGCGCAGAUGCCGUUGUCGGCUGAGGGUAGCUUACUUCGUGCUGCAUCGACGGGCCUGUUCGAGUACAUAAAUGCCGACCAACUCGAGGUUUCUCCCGAUGGCCAGUAUUUUUACUAUCAGCCAGCGAGUGGCUACAUGUCUCGUAUCGAAACCAGGUAUCUCAAUGAGGCCCUCUAUAAUGACACAACUGCAGACCUUUUGCCAAACUAUGUGCAGCCAUUCUCGUUGACUCCCAGCACCGGUGGAACUGCCAUCGAUGCCGAGGGCAAUAUCUACUGUAGCGAUGGUGACCGCCAAGAAAUUCGUUCCAUCGCACCCAAUGGAACGACAACAUUUUUGACGCGAGAUGCCAGACUGCUGUGGGUCGAUGCCAUGUGGAUUGACACCCAGCAGCGCUUGUGGAUGUGUGCGUCACAGCAAAACCGUGGGAACCUUUUCCUGCAGCCGAAUAAUCAGACGUCGACUAUCAAAAAGCCAAUUUAUGUCUUUACCCUUGAUAUUGGUCACAACCCAUCCCCUUUGGAUCAUGCAUGA